CCAGCCAACCCGUCCUCCCUCCUUGCCUUUCCUUCCCUUCCCUUCCCUUCCCUUCCUUCCCACACACGCGGUCGGACGCCCCCUUUCCCUCCUCACUCUCGCCUCGCCAUCCCUCCCUCCCUCCCUCCCCACCGGCGUCGGACGAGCCCCUCCCGCUCCGGUUACCUGUCGCCGGCUUCCUCCCACCGCCGGAUCAGCGCUCCCGCGUCGGCGGAUCUACGCGGGCGGCGCGGCGCGGCUCCGCGCGGGGACGCUCCCUAUUCGUCGGCGGGCCCACCGGUCUCCCCUCCGCAGCCUGGGGCCCUCGCUGUAUAGUGGAGCCAUUGCUGCUAUUUCAUCACCUUCAAAGUGAGCCCUGGUAAAGUUGCUUCCAAAUGUCGACCCAGAAAGUGGUGGACCCUGCUUUCCAAGGGGCUGGCCAAAAAGUUGGGAUAGAAAUAUGGCGAAUUGAAGAUUUUAAGCCAGUUGCAUUGCCAAAAUCUGAUUAUGGUAAAUUCUAUUCUGGAGAUUCAUAUAUAGUUUUGCAGACAACUUCUCCUAAGGGUGGUGCAUAUCUGUACGACCUCCACUUCUGGAUUGGGAAAGACUCAAGCCAAGAUGAAGCUGGCACUGCAGCAAUCAAGACGGUCGAACUCGAUUCUGUACUUGGGGGUCGUGCAGUCCAGUAUAGGGAACUCCAAGGUUAUGAAUCUGACAAGUUCCUGUCAUACUUCAAACCUUGCAUUAUACCUAUGGAGGGUGGUUUCGCCUCUGGGUUCAAAACGCCAGAAGAGGAGACGUUUGAAACACGGUUAUAUAUUUGCAAAGGAAAGAGAGCUAUUAGAAUUAAGCAGGUUCCCUUUGCACGGUCAUCAUUAAACCAUGAUGAUGUGUUUAUCUUAGAUACUGAAAAUAAAAUUUAUCAAUUCAAUGGUGCAAACUCCAAUAUCCAAGAAAGGGCUAAAUCACUGGAAGUGAUCCAACAUUUAAAGGAGAAGUACCAUGGGGGUGUGUGUGAUGUUGCAAUCGUUGAUGAUGGAAAACUACAAGCGGAAUCAGACUCUGGUGAAUUCUGGGUCCUUUUUGGAGGUUUUGCACCUAUCGGGAAAAAAACUGUCAGUGAUGACGAUGUUGUACUGGAAACCACAGCACCCAAGCUCUACAGUAUCAAUGACGGUGAAUUAAAGUUUGAAGAUAUACCUCUUACAAAAGCAGUCCUUGGGAACACAAGAUGUUUCUUACUUGACUGCGGGGCUGAAAUGUUUGUAUGGGUUGGUCGGGUAACACAACUCGAGGACAGAAAAGCUGUCACUAAAGCAGUUGAGGAAUUCAUCAUUAACCAGAAAAGGCCAAAGACAACAAGAGUGACACAAGUGAUUCAGGGUUAUGAAAGCCAUGCAUUCAAGUCAAAAUUUGAAUCAUGGCCGGCGGGUACUGCAACAGGGAACUCAGGUGCAGAGGAUGGGCGGGGAAAAGUUGCAGCUUUAUUGAAGCAACAAGGCGUUGAUGUAAAGGGAGCUCCAAAAAGCAGCACUCCAGUAAACGAGGAAGUUCCUCCUUUGCUUGAAGGUGGUGGAAGACUCGAGGUGUGGUGCAUCGAUGGAAAUACUAGAAGUCCACUUCCAAAAGAGGACAAUGGAAAAUUUUACAGUGGAGACUGUUAUAUUGUUCUUUAUACAUAUCAUUCGGGUGACAAGAAAGAAGAAUAUUAUCUCAAUUACUGGAUUGGGAAGGAAAGCACAGCGGAUGAUCAAGUAAUGGGAGCUGAACUAGCUAAUACAAUGUGGAAUUCACUGAAAGGAAGGCCUGUUCUGGGUCGUAUUUAUCAAGGGAAGGAACCACCACAAUUUGUUGCUCUUUUCCAGCCCAUGGUUAUCUUGAAGGGUGGUAUCAGUUCUGGAUACAAGAAGAUUACAGAAGAAAAGGGUGCGGCCAGUGGAUCUUACUCUCCCGAGGGCAUAGCUCUGUUUCGGGUGUCUGGAACAGCUAUCCAUAACAAUAAAACGCUUCACGUUGACGCGCUAGCUACAUCUUUAAGCUCCACAGACUGUUUUGUAUUGCAAACUGGAAGUGCUAUGUUUACAUGGCAUGGCAACUCUAGCACUUAUGAGCAACAGCAGUGGGCAGCGAAAGUUGCUGAAUUCUUGAAGCCUGGUGUGACAGUGAAACAUUGCAAGGAGGGAACAGAGAGUUCUGCUUUCUGGUUUGCUCUUGAUGGAAAACAGAGCUAUACAAGCAAACCCAUCAUGCAGGAUACUAUUGUUAGAGAGCCUCAUUUAUAUGCCUUCUCAAUUAGGAAAGGGAGACUAGAGGUUACCGAGAUCUUCAAUUUUUGCCAAGAUGAUUUGUUGACUGAAGACUUGAUGAUUCUCGACACACACGGAGAGGUCUUUAUUUGGGUUGGUCAGUGCGUGGAACCAAAAGAGAAACAAAAGGCGUUCGAAAUUGGCCAGAAAUACAUAGAGCAUGCGAUGUCGAUUGAAGAUCUUUCCCCUUAUGUACCACUUUACAAAGUCUCUGAAGGGAAUGAACCGUGCUUCUUCAAGACAUACUUCUCUUGGGAUAACACAAAAUCUGUGAUUCAUGGGAAUUCGUUCCAAAAGAAACUUUCACUUCUUUUUGGAUUACGCUCAGAGGGUGCAUCUAGGAGCUCUGGUAAUGGUGGACCCACUCAAAGGGCAUCUGCAUUAGCAGCUCUAUCAUCUGCAUUCAAUCCAUCUUCGCAGCCGAAGCAGGCUAACGAUAGCAGGCCUCCAAGCAGUUCGGGUGAUGGACCCACUCAACGUGCCUCUGCACUGGCUGCCUUGUCCUCAACUGCAUUCAAUCCAGCUCCGCAGCAGAAGCAGGCUACUGAUAGUAGACCUCCAAGCUCGGGUGAUGGACCCACUCAACGUGCCUCUGCACUGGCUGCCUUGUCCAAUGCGUUUAAUCCAUCCUCAAAACCAAAAACUCCACCUCCGUCACGUUCAGGUCAAGGGUCACAAAGAGCAGCUGCAGUUGCUGCACUGUCCUCUGUGCUGACUGCUGAGCAGUCUGGAUCAUCUGACAAUCUCAAAGCUAGCAAGACGAGCACAACAUCAGAAAAGAGUGAGGCGGAGGUCGUCGUAAUAUCUCCAUCGGAGGCAUCUCCUCGCUCUGAAGCUGGGGAAUCCUCUGAAUUUCAGUCAGAGAAAGAUGCUGCAGUGGAUGAGGUGCCAUCCGAGGUAGAUGUAGCAGAGCCUGAGGCGCUGGAGGUGCCAGAGGAACAAGAAACUGAGCAUGUUGGUGAAGCAACAUUUAGCUACGACCGCUUGAUAUCUAAAUCUACUGAUCCUAUCCGCGGGAUAGACUACAAACGCAGAGAGGCAUACUUAUCAGAGAGCGAGUUCCAGACCGUCUUCGGCAUCACCAAGGACGCGUUCUACCAGCAGCCAGGGUGGAAGCAAGAGCUGCAGAAGCGGAAAGCCGACCUCUUUUGAAUAAGCGUCUGCUUCCGGUUCUCCCGCAGAAUGUGAUCAAUCAAUCAUAUGUGCUUGUUUUUAUCCCUCUCAUCAUGAUUGAUUGAUUGGCACGAUCCAUUGCUGGUCAUCUUUGUGCGAACGGCUACCUGUGGCUUUGGUUGAUUGGUUUUGCGAAUUUUAUAGGUCAUUCUUUCGUUUGUACAUGGACUGAGUGCUGUGUGCUGCUUGCAAGGUCCUAAUAUGCUCUAGCUUGUUUUGUGAUUGUCCAUAUGUGUAUGGUUUUUCUCGGUUUGUUUUAUUUACAUGUGUAUGGGCAGCCCCCCUGGGUAUGUUUUGGAAGGUCAUCUACACUGUCAUUCUGAUGUACCACGGACAAUUAUGUUACCUAUAAUGUCUAGUUGUGCUGUUGAAGAUUGUUGCAACUUGGAAAGAA